AUGAAUUUAUUAAUUCAUAACGAAACAUCAAACAAGGAAUCAAAUUCAAACAAAGAUGAUUUAUUUAUUCUUCAAACAGAAAAACGAACUGAAACAGACGAAAAUGAUGAUGACAUGCUUAUUUUAACAGGAAAUAAUAAUAAUAAUAAUAAUAAUCAACAAACAAAAAGUCAAACUUUAUUAACGAAAACUGUUCAACAAUUUUUUGGAAAACCUUCCUCUUCUUCGUCUUCUUGUUCAUCAAUUAAUUCAAAUCAAAUUAAUUCUAAAGAUGAAAAACUAAUUCUUGAUCAAAACAAUACAGAUGAACCACUUAUUGAUCUAAGUUAA